AUGCAAGUCAUUUGGUCUCGCGCUGCGCAGGCCAAAUCAUCCUGUCAAUGCAGCUCUUGCAUCCACUCCGUGGUAGCCCUAACUCGACGAAGCACAACUGCAGCUGUAAAGAGACGAAAACUCACAGUCGGGGAGCUUUUCACCGCAUGCUACUCCUCUAUACUAGCUUCAGCAGCCAUAGCAGACGCCAGAGCGAAGGAUAACCGAAUAAAGGAUUGGGAUCGUGCGAUUGAAGAUGUCAAAUCUGGAAAGCCAAUUGCAGAAUUGAAGGUGCCUGGCACUGCUCAUAAACGCAGAGCAGUGGAGCAUGGUUCAGGAGAGAUUCAUGAAACCGAUAAGGAAAGCCACGUCGAUGAGCCUUGGGACCAUACUCGAACCAAAGUAUGGGAUAGAAGAUGGAGCUCGACAUCUGCAACACAAUAUACAAAGCUUGACGCAAGCUUGAAGAGACUCAAUACCCGGUUACGAAACGAUCAUACACCUUCGCAAGCUAUAUUGGAUCCCCCAACGACACGAGAGUUCAUUGACGAAGAUGUGAUCAUCCGGCAGGAUCGCGAAUUUGAGCACCGUGAGCCGAGGACUCAAGCUCAUCUCGAGAGAAGGGAAGAAAUGAUCCGUAACCUAGUUGACCAAAUGCUGCUGGGGACUAGUCUCUUUUCUUUGCCAAACAACGAGAUUAUGCGGGUCAGUGGAGAUAUUGAGCUCCAGAGGGUUCAAAUGGCCGAACGAAUAAGCAAGUUGCGAGAUGGAUUCCUUCAAUAUCCAAAUUACAGAUGGCGGGACGAUAAAGAGAUCAACAAAGAGCGUGCAGCUCUUCAUAGCUCACUGGUCACCUUGAGUGCGAAAGCAUCCCCAACACAGGCAGAUAUCGAUGUUUUAGUUGCAAAGAUUUGCCACAAUCUGUUGGUGUCUACUGCUCCUCCUAGCAUUGUAACUUACAACAUCCUGAUCAGCGAAUUUACUCGUCUUCGGCAGCAUCACCUUGCUCAAGUUGUGGUUGACUCAUUUCACAACGACAGCAAAUUCGCACCAAACGAGAGAACAACCAAACUCAUACUCGAUCAUUAUAUUGCUAAAAAAGAUCCGGCUGGCUUUCGUGAUACUACUCAACGAAUGCGUGGAAUGCGAAAUGAGAAUGAAAUCUCAGGGCAGGAUGCCGAUAUGCGGGUCAAGCGCAGGUUGGUGUACCAGCUCGCCAGUGAACCAGAAGUCGUUACUUGGGCAAUGACAAGCAAGGUCAUUCGCAGGGGUGGCUUUCUUAUAGAGAAAGUUAAGCGAACCCCUGCUAUCUUUGAGAGUCUUUCUCGAGGAAAUCUUGCCGCUCAUGGUCCAGCCACAGCUAUUCGUAUCGUCCAGGCUGCCAUUCGAGAAGGCCAGACUGUAUUGUCAGGCACCAUUACGCGAAUAGUCGAGCACUGCGUUGCUAAGCAGGACUACAAGGCCGCCAUCAAACUCUUGGAUGCUAUUUUGCUGGGUUGGGACAGUGAUAGUGUUCCGACUGCGAUUACCUACACCCCCGACGUCCGAUAUGCUUUGUAUCGACUGUUAGCUUUGUGCGGCGUUGAUUCUACCAACACGGACCGUGGGCAUACUUUACAUCCGAGGCUGAAUGGUGUAGCAUUACAAAACUUAUUACGCCAUGUUCAACUUGAGAGUCUCUCUAAUUCGAUCACUUACGCAGCGGACCAACUCCACAAGGCAUCUGUAGCUCUAGUUGGUCCCAAUAUAGCCAAAAAUUCUGUGCCAUGCAAGACUCCACCCAGGGACAAUUAUCGAGCCUUCAGUCUAGCCGGAGUACCAACGGCUGUCCAUAUAUUAGAAGGACUGAGCCAAACCCAGAAGCGGCAGGACAGAUCUAUUGGAAAGCGCGUCAGUGACUGCCGCCAAAUCAGGCUCUAUGGCAUUGAAGCAAGACUGGCUGUACAAGCCCUGUGGGUUGAAAAUGCCUCUGAACAUUACGAAUUAAAUAUCGCUUUGUACGACAAACUUUCCGAAAGGUCGAAGCGCGAAUACAUUGCUUUAUGUAUGGUUAAUUCAAAAACUCCGAGCUCGACUUUCAGUAAACUGAGUACUCUUUCCAGGCUAGAGGCCCAGGAUCAGGCGGCCAAGACUCGUUUACAGCCCAGAUGGCAUAGCGUUAAUGGUUUACAGGCCAGAACUAAGGAGGAAGUAGCUUUCCAAAAGCUAAUGUUGAAAACCGCAUAG